AUGGCGCUCGUGCUGCUGCCGCUGCCGCCGCCGCCGCCGCUGCUGCUGCUGGGGAUGGCGCGGAUGGCGACGGGGCCCGGGACCUCGAGGCGCGCGGCGGCCGACGGCUCCCUGCGCCGCCGGCUGCGGCUGCUCGCGGGGACGGCGCCGACGCGCCACCUGGCGGGCCACGUGCGGCAAGUCAGGCUCGUCCAGGAGCUCAAGGAGAACGACGCCAAAUGCAGGCAGGCGAUGGAUUCUGGUCUCUACCUCCUCUUCCACCGCCUCGCCCCCUUUGUCCAGCGCCACGACUCGGCCUACAGGGCCACCUGGCUGCCCGCCGCAGAGGUGCUGAGGGUGCUGGAUGUUGGGGGGCAGCCCCCCGAGAGGCUUCACGAUGCUGUGCUGCUGGACUGCACCCCAGAUCUCACUCCGCGGUUCGCUCUGGACACAGCGGCUUGCGCGAACAAGGGUGCCCUGGAGGCGGCAUUGGAUGGAUCUUUCAUGAAGAUGCGCAGCGCUUUCUUCCUUCUGUCUGGGAAGGAUGCACACAUGUUGUCCAAGGGCCAGGCGCUCUUGCGGUGGCACGGGGAUCAUCGGUUCAGCGGGCGCUCGGGCCGGCUCAGCCUGCGGGACGCGUCGGGUAGCAAGCGCACCUGCCCCGACACGGGCCACGUGCAGUACCCACAGAUGGCGCCUGUAGUGAUCGUUUUGGUGGUGGAUGGCGAUCGAUGUCUCCUGGCCCGCAAGGACAUCCACCCGCCUGGCAUGUACAGCACCGUCGCAGGGUUCUGCGACAUCGGCGAGAACGUGGACAUGGCGGUGAGGAGGGAGGUGGCCGAGGAGGUCGGGGUGACGGUGUCCUCCCUGAACUUCGUCUUCUCCCAGCACUGGCCGUUCCCCAGCAGCUCGCUGAUGCUGGCGUGCCACGCCGUGGCCGAGGAGGGCCACACGGAGAUCUCUGUGGACACCACGGAGCUGGAGGACGCGCGCUGGUUCUCGCGCGACGAGGUACGCAGCGCGUUCUCGCGGCCCGUCCCGCCGGAGGUGCUGCGUGGCUGGGCGGUGUCGUCGCAGGAGGAAUCGUCCCAGGCGGCCCGGGGCGACGUCCCCUUUUGGGUGCCGCCAAAGUGGACGGUCGCCCACUGGCUCAUCCGCGAGUGGGUGCAGGUGCCCAAACAGGGAUGAAUGUCUGUGAAUAUAUCCCGGGUCGUUGGUUGCCAAGCGUGGACACUUACUACAGAGUACAGAAGAAAGAAUACUGGUAUUUGCGAUGCCUUGGAAAAUAAAACUCAACUUUAAAUUUCACCAGGCAAGGCCCGCUGAGCUAUAUAGCUCUUUUGCAGAAGCGACCUGGCCACAAACACAUUCCUGCGGAGGGAGCUGGUAGGAACGUUGGGUUGCCCGGUCAAUGGCCAGGGUCAACGGCGGCGUGGUGUAUUCCGCAAAUAUGCCCGACUGAGGGUGGGCACAAGCCGGCGUGAGUAGGUUAAACGUUGAGUUUUAUAAGGGCACCACGGGGUGACCAGCCCCUCCCCACCCAGCCCCACCCCUCCCACCCAGCCCCUCCUCACCCAGCCCCUCCCUCCCCAUCCAGCCCCACCCUCCCCAUCCAGCCCCUCCCUGCACGACGGACGGGCACAAUAAUCCCCUGUGGGCUGGUGUAACCAGGAGGUUCCAACCAGUAAUAUAUGGACAUCUGUGAACAUCUGUAAAAAAGAUGGACAUCUGUGAAAUCUGUGAUAAAGAGCUUCAUAGCUAAUUAGAUUCCUCCAGUAUAAAGAUUCAGAUUCUG